AUGGAGUCACCAAAGACUUCUGGCUCGCUUUCCAGCCUCGAUGUGCUCUUUGAGAAUCCAUUAUUUGCUGGAGGCAUCGGCCUUGCCAGCUUAGGCGCAGCGGCUGCCUUCGCUCGCAAAGGCGCCAUCAUGACUCUUGGUACUAUGCGUCGACGGCUACUUGUUAAUGUCGAAAUAAGCAAGCAAGAUGCAGCCUAUCCUUGGGUUUUAGCUUGGUUGUCCCAACCUCGCGAAGCUCCUGGUUUUAUUGCAUCACGAUUGACAAGAAUUCACAACCUAUCGGUGACAACUACGUCAAACACCCGAAGCCAUGGCGCGGGGGGCGCAAUUGAUGCCAACUUUUUUCUUCAGCCAGGAUAUGGACGGCAUAUUGUCAAAUAUGGAAACUCGUAUAUCGCUGUUAAUAGGGAAAAGCAUAGUACGGCGAACAUGAACACGGGCGAACCGCACGAAGUAAUUCAGCUCACAACCCUCUGGGCUCAUCGACACGCAUUCGAAGGUAUAUUCACGGCGGCACACAGGCUCGCUGCCAAAGCUAACGAGGGCAAGACUGUGGUGUACUGUGCUCGUGGGAUGGAAUGGGUUUCCCUGGGCGAGCCGAGAAAGAAAAGGCCGCUUGGCUCGGUGAUACUGGACAAGGGAGUGAAAGAGAGCAUCGUGGCCGAUGUGAAAGAUUUCCUCUCGCGCCAGCAAUGGUACGUGGAUCGCGGAAUUCCAUACAGGCGUGGCUAUCUUUUAUAUGGUGCACCGGGCAGUGGCAAGAGCUCCUUCAUUUUAGCAUUGGCAGGAGAGCUUGACUUUGGUGUCGCAAUGGUGAACCUCAGUGAAACGGGAAUGACCGAUGAUAAGCUGGCUUACCUGUUGACGAAGCUACCGAAGCAGUGUCUCCUACUUCUGGAAGAUGCCGACGCUGCCUUUGUAAAUCGCCGUCAGCGGGAUGCCGAUGGGUAUAGUGGCGCAAGCGUCACCUUUUCCGGGUUACUAAAUGCCCUGGACGGUGUUGCCGCGGGCGAAGAGCGUAUUGCCUUCCUGACAACAAACCACAUAGAUCGCCUCGACCCGGCGCUGAUCCGACCCGGUCGUGUGGAUAUGUUGUUGAGGAUUGGGGAAGCUACCAGGUUCCAAGCCUCGCAGAUGUGGGAUCGAUUCUAUGGCGACAAAGAUCGUGAUGGCUCUGGAAGAGAGCGAUUCCUGCUUCGCCUUGAAGACUUGGGGCUAUUCGGAUCAUAUCCCGACGGUUCUUCUUCGAAGAGACACACCAGCACCGCGGCUAUUCAGGGCUUAUUCCUGUUCAACAAAAAUGACAUGCUGGGGGCAAUCGAGAUGGCCCCAGAACUCAUACCUCGAAAUUUUGAAACUAAUGUUGGAGCUUGCAUGCUUGGUCGAGCUUGUAUCUUCCCUUCCAUAUCAACUGAUACCCUAUUUUGA